UGACGGCGCUCGUGACCCGGAAGCUCUGCUCGGCUCGCAUUUGAACGCAGGUCCGUUGAAGGCGAUGAGCCUUCACCUUCCACGGCAAGUUUCAGGCAGCAAGUUUCUGCAAUUCGUCCACGAAAACUGUGAAAAAUGGCAGAAAAUACAAGAUCACAAAGAGACCAAAAUAUUGAAACACAAAUUGAAGAUGACAAGCAUGGAAUUCAAAAUAUUAAUGAGCAAUGGAUACAAGACAAAGCUGAGGCAACCAGGUGUAAUCUGGGUAUUAAAAAUCUGAAAGGCACCCAUCGGCAACACGAUCAGGUUAAACGACUGUCUCCUCAAGCUAUGGAUCCUGAGCAUAAACCUCUGCAAAUCCAUCUGAAAACAAUGCAAGAAUCCACUAAAUGUUUGACUUGUACAAAUAACACCCUAAAUUUAUUGCAGGCAAAUGAACAUUCCAAUUCUUAUGAAAAAUGCAAGGAGUUGUCACUUCUUCCAAACUAUUCACAGCAACUAGUUUCUGUAGAAAUUGAUUCUUGUGAUUUGGAAGAGAAACAGAACUGUGACUUUUCUAGAACUUAUUGCUGUUACAUGGAAGAUGAAGAACAUAACACAUCCAUGUAUGAAACUGACACCAUUAUCCCUUCGCAAAAAUGCAGCACAGUAACAAUCACACCAACUUUCUCCGCACCAUAUUGUCAACAAAUAAAUUCUAAAAGGAAAUUGGAUAUUGAAGGCGAUAUGGAUACAAACAAUAUAAGGAGGGCUGAAAGUGGAGGUACCAAUGUAUCACACGACCUUUUCACUCCAGGUCAAAUUACCAAACUCUCAGAAGAUAACAGGAGAAUCGCUUUCCUAUUGAAAGAAUUGAAUGCAGUGAGGGAAUCUAAUAAAAAGCUUCAAGAUAAACUGACAGAAAAUGAGGGUGAAUUGAAAAUUCUAACACUGAAUCUGGAACUGCAAGAAAAAGCAAUAGAGGCCAGAGUGGCUGAAAAGGCUGCAGUUCUAGUUGAAGAAAUCUAUCAUGCACAAAGUGAACGGGAUGCAGCUGUUAUGUCCAGACUUCGGCUAGCCAAUGAGGAAAGAGACGAAGCUCUAUUGAAAACGAAACGACUGGAACAGGCCUUUGAAGGGUUGGAAAAUAUUAACCCUGAAGAAAAUGACAUGACAUUGCAGGAAUUACUGAACCGAAUCAACAAUGCUGAUACAAGGAGAGCAGUUGACAAGAAUGGAGAUUUAAUUGUAGAUCGAAUUCACAAAGCCAGGGAGCGGAAGAAAAGAAUAACUGCUGAAGAAAUUAAUGCAGUUGUUGAGGAAAGGGAUGCAGCCUUAUCAAGAUGCAAACGAAUGGAGGAUGAGCUUUGUUUUUUGAAAGAGCAGAACCAGUCAAUGGCUAAUAACACAACACAGCCGACUGCUGAAAACAAUCAAGAAUCUGACUUGAAGGAUCAGCUAUUAACAAUGAAGAAAGAAAGAGAUUUUGCGUUUCAGCUAUGUAAGAAAGAAGCGGAAGAAAUUCAGACACUUAAGCUUUAUUACAGCUUACAUAAGUCAUUAUCUCAAGAGGCCUCUCUCACAGACCAAUUCAACGUUACCCUGGAUACUUAUGGCGAUGCUUUGCGUGCCAGCAAAGGAAUGAUAUCAACCACUCACCAACAAAAUGAAGAUCUUGCAAGCCAGCUACAAUUAGCCAUGGCAGAACACGCAGACAUGGAGAUUAAACUGCAACAAGCUUUGGAAGCAAAAAACGAAUUAAUUGAAAAAGUUCAGAAGUUGGAACGCCUAGUAGAUGUCCUGAGAAAGAAGGUUGGAACAGGGAACAUCAGGACAGUGACCUGAUUGAGUUAAUAGUCACAUCUGGCAACCAGGCUGCUCUAUUCAUCUCUACAAAUAAAACCUCCCGGUCUUAGGAAAGACGUUGUAAUUAGCACAUUGAGAUAACAUUCCCAACAAUUAGCAAAAUCUGUAUUUUUUAACGUGGCAACUUAGAAAUAUUCUAUAUUAAUGAGGCUUGUAAACAUGCAAAAGAGAUGUUCAGAUUCACCAGCUUUAUCUGGAAUUUGAUAAAUACAUAUUUUCAUGCUUAAUUAAAUGUUAUUCAAUUUAUUACAUUUGUAAAUAAGUAUUGCAUUAAUUCCAGUAUAAAUCCAUAAUAAUGCUCACUUCAUUAAUGACUGGAAACAGGACAAUAGCCAACACAUAUAUUCUUGUGUGAACCUAAAUUAGAAUGUUGCAGAUUGAUAUUGUUUGCUCUUUGAUGUUUAGCUUUGUUUUAACAUGAUGUGUAUGAAUCAGUAUGAAUGUUUUUUUUUUCUAAUAUAUAAUGUUUGUGGUAGUUUAUUGCAGUAUAUUGUGUAACAGGUGCAUCUCCAGAACAGUAAAGUUAAUUCACAUUUUUAAUUUGUUCAGAAUUUGCAUCAAAACCCGCUGUAGUAAUGAAAUAAAGAACAAUGUACAUUUAGUAAUACUGAGUGAACUUUGACUUUUGGGGUGUAUUGGAUUGAAUUGUGAGUUUUGCAUCAUGGAUUGAUAGAUAUUGUAUUAACUAUUCUUUUAACUCACACCAUUGACUAAAUUAAUUCAAGAAUUCAUUAUAUCAUCGAUGAUUGACAUAUUUUGAAGUAAUUUAAAGACUACCCAGAAAGACAGAGAAUAGAUUCGAUUUGGUAGACAGUGAAAAUGCAAUUGAUAGUUGGAGAUAUUGUAGUAAGUUCCCACUCUAUUAACGUGAAAUUGGUAACAAUUAGUAACAAUUAGUCCAUAACUGUUCGUGUAAGAAAUUUAGAUUUCUAAAAUGUGUGACAUUUUUAAGGGUUUUAAAGAUAAUGAACAAGGUACUUUAACGCCCAUGAUCAGAGUAAAAUUAGCAUGUUAACAAAUUCAAAUUUAUGCGGUACAUGUAAAUUUAUAGCUGUACCAUCUAAGAAUUGGUUUGCCAGGCAUGUGCUCUAAUUAUGUGAAGGCACGGAGAUUUUUAAAUUAUCAGCACCACCAACGGUAGAGCUAAUAAACGAUUACAAAGAAAUCAAAGGGGAGAACGAUCAUACGUGGGAUGUUGAAGUACAGUUCUGCAGUUGUGUUUGAUUCGUGUAGGUUUGUUGCUGUUACUCUGUUUGCAAAAAGAGCAGUCCUAGGCAAAAUAUGCAAUGAUUUAUUAAAGAGAAGAUUAUUAACGCAACUGGAGUUGGGAAGGGCACGGGAAAAUGUAUUCAUUUUUCCAUGCAACUGGUCAUUAUCCUAGUUUAAUCUAUUAGAUGAAAGAUUUAAACUUCUUCUGCGCAGUUUAUAGCGUUCUUACAAAACCAGCACAUGUGUAUCUCAAAUAACUCCAUGGAUGUUAUGUGGUUAUCGAAUAAACAAUUGACCAGUUAUGUUCUAA